AUGGAUGGCCAAACAACUCCCCGAGUGUCUAUCCUGACGUCGGACAAUUUUCAUAAUGGCGCUGAGAUAUCGCGAGCCACAUCACCCGGCGGCCAACCCCCCGAAACAAACGGGGCCAAAAAGGCCAGAGUCCGACCCCGGACCUAUCCAUACUUCCAGUAUCUGCCGUAUGCGACCGAGGACGAUAAGCAGCGAGAAGACAACCUCCAUGAGAUUCUCAAAUGUCUCUAUGUCGCCGUCAAGGCCGGCGAUUUCAGCCCUGGUGCUGUUCAUUGGACCCGCGAGCUCAGAGGAUGGCUUUCGCUCAAAUUCGAUCCCACACGGGAAGAACGAGUGAAGCUGGUGAGAUUGUAUUACGAAUUGUCGCUUGCUCCUGGAAUAGAUCCCAAUGUUGCCGAGAGAUUUGCGAGCAUGUUUAUGCUUCUCACAAAGCGAAAACAUUAUCUACGCCCCGCAAAAGAUCUGACCCUGGACUGGAGACCUCUGUUCAAAGAAAUAAAGACCUUUGUUCUUCCCACCGAGUCCGGACUGGUGCAUUCAACAAACCUGAAGCGCAACAUCAAGACCCUAACCAAGCUAUGCGCCUUUUCUCAGCUCUACUUCGACCCUUGCGAAGUGCCAGCCAUGCUGGAAGAGUUCCUCCCACACUACACCACUUCUUUUGCCGAAGGCGCGUUCGUUGUCGUCGGGCUAAUGAACCUGCUCUUGCCCACAUCUCCAGGCCCAGAAUCUAGAGAGGAUCUGCGCCCGCAAACAUAUCUUCCCACAUACUUCCAUCUAUGGUCUCUUGUCAACAGAUCUAAGACCUUUGACAUGAACUUUUUGGAUCUUUUGUCGCGAUUGGCGCGAGACUCGUUGUCUGCCUCCCAUAUUCCAUUUUCGGAAUACGGCAUCUAUACCAAAGAGCAAUCUUCGCUCAUCUUCACGGCUGUUCUCAGACUUUUGGAAAUCCCAGUUGGUCAGGCUACUUCGCCAUACAGUGCUCUGGUCGACAUCACAUCCGGCUUAGGCAUCAUGCUGGACCGAGAUUCGCGCAAGCAUCCCGUUGCCCAUCAUAUCGCUCGAUGGAUUGUCAUGUCAUUGUCUCCCGCCUGCUUGGAGUCACAAGAUUCCAUCCUUGCUCAGCUCGAAGGGCUAAUUCAAGCAGUCGAGACAUUCUUCCACCCAUCGAACUCGGGCAAUUGGACCAAGACACUCGCACAGCUGGUCUACUAUCUAGCCGACUUCUUCGUGAUGCGUUGGAACCGCGAGCGUAGCGGUGAGAUGGACAUUCCUGCUGACAGGAGAUUGAACGAGCCUUUAAAGAAACGCUUUGUACUGUGCUUGCGCGAUGUGAUAUUCAUGGGUAUUUAUGCAAAAAGCGGAACGGCCAUGAACUUCUCGCUUUCGACUCUGCAAAGCUUGGCUUAUUUGGAACCUCAUCUUAUCUUGCCUGGCGCGCUACAGAGAAUAUAUCCUUCGAUGCAGGGCUUGGUUGAGGUUCAUCGAACCACAUCAUCGUUGAGGUCCCUCCAAGUCCUGUCCAGAAUCAUUGUUCGGACUAGAGGGUUUCGUUGCCACAUGACGACCCUGCUCGGACUGGCUUUGCCUGGUAUCGAUGCGAAUGAUCUAGAGAAGUCAAUGCAUACUCUGUCUUUCAUCCAGGCCGUCUGCUACAACAUCCCAUUCGAGGAUUUGACAAAAGGACGCGAUGAUGUUAACUGCAGUAUGCUGGCAAUGCAAUGGAUUACCGGUGAGGUGGAAAGAAUGGAAACCGAAGGAGCUAAUGUUGAAAUCAACUACGACACCGACCUAAGCGAUGAGACUGAGGAAAUGAUUCUUCGCUCGUCAACUGCCGGCUUCGGCGAGUUCCUGAUUUCAUUCCUUGGCCGAGUCUUUACCCUUCUGGAGAAUCUGCCUGAUGCCUCGCGGGUGCGGAGUGGCUCGCCUGAAGAGAACGUCGUCAACACCCUCCCUGCAACUCUCAUGCCUUUGUUAUCUGCGCUCUCUCCGGAGCUCUACGAUAUGGCUUUGCAGAAGGUUGUGGACUUUGUUGCAAACCACGUCAUCCACCAGGCGAGAGACGCAAUGGCCUUCAUCUGUAACGCAGUCUGCAAAGUGAAUCCGGAAAAGGCCUUGAAGCGUUUUGUGCCUCUCUUGGUGCAAGGCAUUCGGUCCGAAAUUGAUGAAAAUGGUGCGGCUUCAACGAGAACGACUGGCUCUGAGGUUCUCCCUAGAGAUCGUGCCUUGGUCUGGAACGUGAGCAUGCUGAGCAUGUGUGUCGUGCACGUUGGAAGUGCUGUUCUCAACCAUAAGCAAGACCUUCUAGACAUUGCCAUCUACAUGCAGGAAAAAUGCAAAGGCAUUCCGACCAUUCACGUGUCAAAUUUCAUCCAUCAUCUGCUCCUCAACCUUACUGUCACGUACACUUUAGACUAUCGUCUUUUUGAAGCCGAAGACAUCAAGGAUGGUAUCAAAAUUGAGCAUUGGGGCUACCGACCAGACCCUCAAAACCUGAACAUCAACUGGCAUGUACCGAAACAAGAGGAAAUCGAGUUUGCGGUCACUCUGUUCGAAAACCAAGCAGAAACUGCCUUGAAUCAGUUGACUGCUCUGACAGACGAAACGUCCAAUGUCGCCCGAGACGGAAGUGGGAAAGAAUGGUCGGACGAAGUGACGAGGAAGUUGGUUUUGUUAAGACUGAUCACUUCCGGUAUAUCGGUUCUUUUUGAUCCCAAGGAGGCGGCCAAGUCGGAUGAUUCGUCUGAGUCAAGCGAUGUCGAAAUGAUCGAAGCCAAUGGUGAUGAACCAGAAGAUGAAAAUGGCGAUGCUCUCGACAACACCGACGAAGCGACCGUUAAGGAGACAUUUAACUACCCUACCGGAUAUUCACUAUCAGAGGGCGAACCUUUGUACAAGAAGAUACAUAGCAUCAGGAGGCGGGCUGGUCACGUACUCCACAAUGUACAUCGUUUUCUCACGGAGAAGCAGGAAGACGAUGUUCCAUGCUUUGGAGCCUUGUACACCGCGUAUAGAUCCUGGUUCAUCGACGUUGGUAUUGAACGAUCCGCCCAUGUUCUAGACAGAGUCACUCGUCUACUUGCUGCCGACAUACACCCCUACAAAGUCAGUGGUAUCCGCAAAGAUUACCCAAGACCACUCCUCAUUCGGCGAGCAAACGUCUAUCAUAUCCAACGUUUACGGCACAAUGCAGCUCCUCGCCCGAGGUCAAAGGUUGACGAAAUGUUAUUCCUUGAUCUGGCAGAAUCAAGCGUCUCGCUGUACACUGACAUCCGCCGGAAUGCUCAGAACGCCGGCGAGUCCGCUCUGAAGGCUGUCUGGGGUUCUCGUCUACUUGUAAUCCCACGUUUGCUUGAAGCACUACAAAAAGCCCUAAAAGAGAACGAUCAUGCACGUAUCAAAGGAGCAUUAUAUUCUUUGCUAUAUGGUAGCCUUGCCAAGACUGCAGGACGUCAUUGGAAGUAUACUCCAGUCAUUGUAAGAGCCUUCAUUGAUGCUAGUAGUGUCGAUAAGCCUUCUGUGCAGAAGCUUUGCUCGGGAGCCGUGUAUCAAAUCAUGGACUACGGUCGCCCAAUGGAGAGGAUGGCUGUGCUGAAUGAAGAAAUUGUGAAUUCAAUCGCUCCACAAGAAACUGUUGAUAGCAAGAUAGAGCAGAAACGCUCUUCCAUUAGCCAGAGGCGUGUUGCGAUUGAGAAGAAAAAAGCAGACCUUGCAGAAGAGUUGGUGGGGCUAGCUCGAACCUCUCACUGGAAGAUUGCCAGUCGUGCUGCAAGCAUUGUCGUCAGCAUGGGGCUGCGAUUUGAUUACAUCGCAAGCGAUAACCUUAUCGAUCUAGUCACAACGGGUUCGAUUGAUACACACCCAGGUCUUCGCGGAAUGUACUCACAGGCCAUGAUUGCGUUGUUCACGAUGAUUGAUGUGCGCGCUAUAUGCAGCCAUAGUUACGAAAAUUACAUCCUUGGUAACCAGCACUUCCCCGCCAGGAUAAAUGUUGCUACCAAGCGAUAUGAACAGGGGUGGACGGAAGAGUAUCUUUCUAGCUUUGCCAAGUCCGAAGCUGAAUACUAUGUUGAUCACGACUUCCCAGGCUGGCUCGUUUGGUCAGAGAAGAUGCCAGCUUACAAGUCCAAUAUCACAAAGGACAUCGAGUAUGAUGAAACAGAAUGGAAAGUCCGCAGUCACAUGGGCAAGCUCUUUGACCGGCAGUGGUUUUCCAAAUUCUUCAUGUAUCUAAAGCAAGAACCCCGGGACGCGUCUGCCGAUAAGUUCCGUAUGGCGUGUGCCAUGAUGCUGCUAUAUGUCUUUGAACUCAUGUUCCGAGACGGUCUUACCGCGGCCACCUUUGAUGAGAUCAAAGAGGAGAUUGAAAUAGUCUUCGAAGAUGGAAGCGAUAAGCACCAGCACCGCGCCACCGCGGAAAUCCUAGGCGCGUUGAUCAGCUCUGUGACGGACACCGAUGUGGAAAAGAGACGAAUUGUGUGGGAGUAUGCCUUCCCGAUGGUUCGUAAGAUCUUCACAGAUGGCCUGACACCUGAAAAUUCUGGCUACUGGACGACGUUCCUUCACAUGGUUCUUCAGUGCCGUGAUCCUCGCCGUGCUUGGCCCUUGGUGGACUGGCUAGCAGACUUCCGAUUGGAUAUGUCUUCCAACGCGGCGUUCAAAGAGAGUUCGCGGAUUAGCCUUCUGCAUCAGUGCAUUAUUGAUGCCGGGUGGCAUUUCCAGCUGGAAAAGCCGAUUGUCGCGGACUUCAUAGCACACCUUGACCACCCAUACAAGGGUGUUCGUGAAGCCAUGGGCCAUACAUUGGGAUCUAUAUACCGGACCAGGUACCAUGAAUCCCAUCCCGACGUGGAUAGUCUUGUAAAGAAACAGAGCUCGUCAUCUUCCAUUGGUUCCUACCCGUACGAACCAUCUCCCGAGUUUUCAGCAAUGAUCCGAAGCGUCUUUGAGAGGCUGCGAGCGUGGCGGCAUGAGCGUCAGCCCGGCCAACAGACGCCGUCAUCUUACACUUCCGGAAGCAAAACUGUUCUACUUUGGCUCGACUCGACGCUCUCUUCUCAUGAAUGUACGCAAUUAGUGCCCUUCUUUGCCGACAUCUUCACGGAGGAGUUGCUUCACAUGAUGGAUAUCAAGGAAGACCCAGAGCUUCAAUCUUUAGCAUACCAUGUUUUCAGACACUUGCCGAACAUUCCUCACCCAGCAGAGUCAAACUCGCCGUUUGUUGAUAAUCUCAUUCACAUUGGGCAACAAUCAACAUCAUGGCACCAGCGCCUUCGCGUGAUGAUCAACAUGCAAAUUAUAUAUUUCCGCCGCUUGUUUUUGCUUUCAGCCAGCGACCGCAACAAACUAUUUGAAUGUAUUGCGACUAUGCUCCAGGACAGCCAGCACGAGGUGCGGGUUGGCGCAUCAGCCACACUUUCGGGCAUGAUCCGAUGCUCCCCCAUUGCAUUGCGUGAUGAAUAUGUCAAGAAAUUCCAGAAACGCUUUACCGAGACCCUGGCUAAGAACCCGCUUCCAAAGAAACCCAAGAACCACGUUGGCAGGUCAUCGGCAGUAUCCAGCCGCACGGCAACGCCUACGCCAGAACACACGAAGCUCAUCAUCGUUCGGCAUGCGGCCGUCUUGGGACUCGGUGCUUUGAUUCAAGCAUUCCCCUAUGCCAGUCCGCCACCGAUAUGGAUGCCCGACGCGCUGACGACGCUGAGCACCAAGGCGGCCAGUGAUCCUGGUGUUGUUGGCCAGAGUGUCAAGAGCAUCAUUAGUGAAUUCAAAAAGACGAGACAGGAUACAUGGCACAUUGAUCAAAAGGCAUUCACACCAGACCAACUCGAAGACUUGGCAGGAGUGCUAUGGAAGAGCUAUUUUGCUUAA